CCCCCGAAGAGGGACGAUUUAUCACCACCAUCAUAAGAAAGAAUGCCGAAUAUAGAACGAGCGCCCUUUAUUGGUUAGGAGGAAAAGCAGAUCCUUUGUCGGACUUUAAAUGGAUCGAUGGUAGUUCUAUGGAGUUUCGAGGGUGGUUGCCAGAAGGGCCUUCCGAAAAUGACUUAGAACACGAGCCUAGGUGCAUAGGUGUUCAGUGGACACCUUCCCCUUUACCUUUGCUACCUAGUGGGAUUUAUUGGAAAGCUCACAGGUUUAUAACUGAAUUAUAUCAUGAAUUACUAUUGUGAGCAAAAGAGAAUUGUUUUUAGAUGUAGUCAAGUGGGUGGAUAUGUUUGCAAAAGGAAACGUCAUCUUUACGACUCUGGAAACAAUAUCAAUAAAACUAUUAAUAGCUCUAAAGGCAGUUUAACUACGCCGCAUUAUCCAGAAAACUAUUACAACAAUUUGGAUUUUUUAGUGAAAAUUAUUGGACCGGAGCGGACAAGGUUAAAAAUAAGAUUUUCCAGGAUCGACAUCGAAUUACAGCCGGAAUGUUUAUACGAUUAUGUCGAACUGAAAUCCGUGCCAAAGGGUAACAAGAUCGAAGAGGAGGAAGGUGUCAGAUUAUGCGGAAGCCACGGGACUCAAAUGGAACGAUUUGAUUUUGUUUCACGGACCAACGAAGCGGAAGUCAGGUUCCAUUCGGAUUAUUCAGUCACUGCCAGUGGAUUCUCUCUUACGUGGGAAGCGGUGGACGUCUCAGCUUGUCCAGUACAAACCCUGACAGCGAAACAAGGCACAAUAACAAGUCCGAAUUAUCCAGAUUUUUUGUUAGCCCAUCUAGAUUGUUCUUUUAUCAUUCAGGCGCCGCCUGGCAAAAGGAUUUGGAUCGAGUUUACCGAAAUCGAUUUGAUGAAAAGCGAAAAUGUUUUGUUCGAAAUGCAACUUGGCAAAAAAACGAAAAGUUUUCGUCCGUUUUUGAUCGACGAUCUCUUAACCGAAGGCAACUUCAUUUCGUUGGAAGAACUUCUCAAAAUCAAACUACAAACGGGCAAAUAUCCUAAAGGCAAAGGUUUUCGUGCCUCGUACAGAACAACUGAUGAAAAUUCGAUGGAAGAAAAAAUAAUUCUUUUGAAAAACGAUUCUGUGGGAACCUUACUGCACCUAAACUACCCCCGACAAAGUCCGCCCUUGCAGGAUUUUUUGCAACGCUUCAUAGCACCACCUGGACACGUAAUAUCCAUGGAACUACACUCGGUCCGUUUGAAUCACGGAGAUUGUAUCGACGGCAAUGGGCUUAUUGAAAUUUUCGAUCGAUACUCGGACGCGAAUGGGACUUUAUGGAAAUUAUGCUAUCAAACAAACGAAGAUCAGAUAGAAGCCGAUACGCUGUUUCCUAGCCCUGCGAUCCACAUUCGGUCUUUUCUUAAUUCGAUACAGCUCAGACAAAAAAGCGGAGUUUUGGGAAACCCCCUAAAUGGGACCCUUAGGGUGCUAGCGGACGAAAACUACAAGAAAAAAUUGAUAAAUUACGGUCACAAGGACGUGGAAUCGUGCAAACCGAACCCGUGUCAGAACGGAGGCAAAUGUACCAACAAAAAAUCGAAAAAGAUUUGUCAGUGUAUUGGACAUUUUACUGGUUUGUUUUGUGCAAUCACCCAAUGCGAUUUGGAACCGUGCGUUUUUGGCACGUGCGAGCUGUCUGAUAACAGCUACAAGUGCCACUGUAAAACUGACUACGUGGGACCAACUUGCGAACAAAAACGUAAACCUUGCGAGGGCAAUCCUUGCGAAAGUAGAGGCACUUGUAUCGAAAAAGGGAAUGGAUUCCAGUGCCGUUGUCACGCUUGGUGGGAAGGUGCAAGAUGUGAAAAACGUAUGCUCCACAUUCCCUACAAACCCCUAAGCGAGCGAAUGCUUCGAGAACCAUUUUGGCUCGGUCUAAUGACCGUAUUCGUCGUAAUGGGAGUGAUUGGGUUAGUUUGGUGCGCCAAACGACAUUUCCCAGAGAAAAUUGAAAAACUACUAGCCGAAGAUGACAAUAGAAACAGAAUUCACUCGUUGCGUAGCACGUCAGUUCGAGAGCAAUUAGCAGCAGCUUCAGGAGCAUCAUCGACUGCUGCUUUAGCUGCGGCGACUCCAUCGCCGGGUCCGGCGCCGGGACGUUCGUUGUUCGGCCGUUUGGGUUCACCCUCUCCAAAAAAGAAACGCAACAAUUCAACUCCGACUAAGAAAAACGCCGCAGAUAAAAAGCAAAUACUCCAACAGUUGAUUUCGCCGGUCAACAAGCACUCGUCGAAACGUGUGAGUUUAGGUGAGCUAAUUCAAAUGAGUGAACAAAAAAGUAACGGCAUACAAUCAGCUCCAAGCGUUAUCAUUAAGGAAACUAAAUUUUCUGAUCCCGCUUUGACGGCUCUGAAUGAUCCGAAAUUAGAAAAGAAAGUAACAUUUGCAAGAUUGCUAAAUAAAGUCAGUGCCGAGAUGAGCAGCGGCUCUGAUAUGGAAAUGGGGAUAAUGCAAAGUACCAGGUUGGGAUGUAUUUUCCCUAGAGCAUCCAGCACUCCGCCAUCACCUAGUGUGCUCAAUAGAAGCCCUAACAGCACUUCAAGCAAUCAAGGAAGUGACUCAUUUACUAGCUCAGAGCUAGCAAUACCAAGCGCAGUAAGUGCCAGCAUAUCUGACUUACUAAUAAACAGAAGACAAGGCACCGUGGGCAAACAAAAACCUGCAAGUGCUGAUUCAAUAUUAGCCAUGUUCAAAAACUUCAGCUCUAGUUCAGCCGGAGCCAAUUUACCGUCUUCGUUAAAACUUUCCCCAUCAACAACUCCAACUGCAUCGAGCCCCCACGACGACAUGGUGGGCGACGACGAGUCAUCUUCAUCCUCAGUUCAUACUCCAGUAUCGUUUUCGAGCGAGAGUCCAAUACAUUACAGCUACAACCAGAGCACCAUCGAAGUACCAGUUCUGGAUCCUCUGAGCGCAGGAAGCGGCACCAACCUGCUCUACCCUCCGACCAUUCUAUUAGAAAUACCGAGCACAAUCAACAAGUGCCUUUCGCCCAUUAGAGAACUACCCACUCCGUUGCCUUCGCCCAUGCCAUCGCCCGCAAUCACGCCUCUAAUAAUGCGCCGAAGUCAAAGUCCCAUAUUUAGACGUAUGCAAAUAUCAGCAUCCGAAGAUGAUAUGAUAUCCGUGGAGAUUCCUAAUAUAUCCGUGAGCGCUAGCGAGGAGGACGAAAUCCGAUGUGCCGAUAUUGCUAUCGAUCCUCAAGCUGAAGACGGGUUGAUUUUUGAGGAAGCUGCCGCUAUGCAACACUGUGCCUUAUUUAAGACAAAGAUUCGUCCUCCACCACUGGGCCAGCUCAUCGACAAAAGCCCCCCAUCGUCGUCUCAUCCGCCUCUAGUAAUACCAACCCUAACCAUCGAAACGCCAUCCCCGACUCGCAAAACCCCAACCCUCCUAAUACCGGGCUCGCCGCCGCCUGGCCGCCCUCAGCACCAAGACACCUUCCAGUUUCCGGCGCCGGCCAAACCCAACCGUAAAAUGUUUAAGGAUUUUGAAAAACCCACCUCCUUGGACCUGCCUGGGGCUCCACCCCUUAUAACAAUCACCUGUAACAUGAGCGAAGCUGAAUCCGACUUGGAAAGUAUAUCACCUAACGUGAAACUCACGGGACACCAUCAUCCUCCUGGUAUGACUUAUCUGAGUCCGUUUUCGAUGGCCCAUAGAAAUGAGCAGCACGCUUCCGAGUCAAAUUUAAGCUCCUCUGGCUAUAGUUCGAUGGCAAGUCCAGGACCUUCGAGAUGCGGCUCCAGUAAUCCAUUGUGUCCGUCUGAAAUGGAGGAUCCUGGCUCUGGAGGCUGCUCCAGGCGACAGUCUUUGACUCCUGUACUUAGAGGGAGCAGUCCUGCAAAUAAUGACUCAAAAGCUAACCAAGGCGAGCAAAGAAGAGGCAGAUCAGAUUCUGAAACUUUAUCUGACGAUCCUCUAUUGGAGUCUAAUGACGAAGGCAUUGGCACUGAUCAUAUAGAUGAAAAAAUUGAUGAAGGUGAGGUGAAAAGUGCAAAGGAGCUUGAAGUUUUCAUGACGGAUGGUAACGAGCCUAAAAUAACGUUACUAGAUUUACCAAUUCCACGUGUAGCUAAAUGUAUAAGUAUAGAGAGCUCUAUGGAUAGGCUAAUAGCCCCUCUGACUAGCUCUAGCAGCAAAAACUCUUUACAAUUGCCUUCAAUUGUGCUGCAACUCGACUCUGCUAAUGGUGAAAAAUAUUUGAGUCCAAUGAGCUCGCGUAGUGAAAGCCCUCUAAGCGAUCGUACUACUGGUAUGGGAAGGUUUUCGCCAUUGUUUUAUAGUAAAAACAAGGAUUUGCUACCAUUCACCGACUCGGACGGGCUGUACGAUUUUCCUAGCAGCGACAAAGUCAACGUAACAAACUACCAACACAAAAAGGUGGGCAGAAAACGUGAAAAACGUACCUUGAGAGCCAAAACACCCAGUCCUACUAAGCAAAGUUUAGCUUGGUACAAUCAUUUGGACGUUCCUAGUAAUAAAGAUGCAUACUACAAGGUACCGCCUCCAAGGAAAUUGAGUCCUAAACGUAGACUGGCUCGUACUCAAGUGGUUAGUUCAUCUUCGAGUUCCGAAAGUAUUACUUCAACAAGGGAACUACGACACUCUUCUUCGAGUCCCAGUCCCGAUACUAUUCGAUGGAUGGAUGGUAAACAUCCUAGGUCAUUGGAUAUGUUAGCUGAAGACAAGGAUGACUCCAAUCCUAGUACUCCAAUGUUAUCCAGAUCAUUGGAGUUCACUAAGAAUCAGCCAAAGUAUCAAAAAGUUAGCAGGCUCAAGGCGAUUAGUAAUCAAAUCAGAUUCCUGCGUAGACUGGAACAAAGUUUGAAGAAACGCGAACGUACUGCCAGUCCGGGUUCCGAUAGUUUCGACAGCGGAGACGAAUCUCCGAUGCUUGCGACUUCGCCAUUGUUGCAACCGUCGAAAACCGUGGAAAUUCGAAAAAGUACCAGCAUGAGCGGCAAGUUGCAGCAACCUGGGAACCACCGCGGUACGAAGUACAAACAGUGGGAUUCGUUGCAGGAACGGACCUGGCCGAAAGAGUUGGGGAUGAAGAGUGGUAAUUCGGAAUAAGGAAUCAUUGAUGUGUAAACGCUCAACAAUCACUCAUUAUUUUUUUUUUUUGUUAAAUACAAGUUGGUUCAUCUUGUUCUCAUCAUAUUUUGCAUGUGAUUUUUAAAUGUAAAUCGUCCAUUUGUUGUUCAUAAAGUCAUUUGUAAAUUAUUAUAUAUACAUCGAGGAGGAUAAUAUUUAAAAAAAAAAAAAAAACAUUAUUAUAAUAUUAGCUGUGGUAUAAUGAUGUCGGAUUGAUUCGAUCCAAUCGUCUAUAAGCAGCUCGAAAAAAGGCUUGUAAAUGAGACUGAUUUUCUACUCAAACACUAUUUAAGUGACUUUGUUCUUAUUGUAUAUGAUAUAAAAUAGCGAGUUAACCAAUUUCUCUAUGUAUAGAUGCCCUAAAAGAAAAUGCACUUUAUAUCUCUGUUAAAACUGUUGUAACUUUUUUAAUCCUCACUUGGGAACCUUUACUGAAAAAUAACUGCUUAAAAUAUUAUCUUUUGAACUUUAAUUUCCUAUAAAUCAUCCUGCCAAUUACUUUCUUAUAUCUAUUCUUAAUUAAUUUGACUCGAUAGCUCUACAAAAGUCUUUAGAUUUUGCCUAAAGGAAAUUUUCGACACACACCAAUAGGAAAUUGCUGUAUAGAGUCAGUUUGUAGAGCUAUUCAGGGCCUUAAAGUCAUAUACGGGUAUCGGAUUUUAAAUUCCCUCCUAACUCUUUUUGAUACCACUGUGAUAAGUCUUCUGGAAAAUACUCGUUUCAGAAUUUUAUUCUUCAGCAAUAUAAUAUUUAACUAAGUAUAAAAUUAGUGGGAGCAACUUAAAAAUCGUAUUAUACGAGGCACAAGAUAAGCAAUCUUAUAUUCACUAUAUUGUAAUCUUUGCACUGUUUUAAAAAGAAAUAUUUAUUAAUAUUUGAAGGGCCUUUUUUUUUCUACAAACAAGCCAAUUCUGUGAUGAAAAAUUGAAAAAGACCCUUUGAAAAUUCUUGUUGUUGUUUUAUAUUAAAAAAAUAAAAGAUUCCUAAAUAGUUGUGUGAGUUGUAAUAAUAUUUUCCUUUUGCUAUUAUUUAUUGUAACCCUAUAAAUAUAAGAUUUUAUUAUAAAUAAAUAAACAUAAUAGUGAAAAUAUCAAUUGGGUUUUUAUUUAAAUAAAUUUUUAAACAUUAUAAUUUACUAAGUCUAAUAAGCAUAUAAUAUUGACAUUACAUUUAAUUUUCUUCAUCGGAGCUAAGCAACAUGGUCUUUUCUGUGUAAUUUUGAGAAAUGGUGGACACUUUUGAGUUGACGCUCAGAGGAGGCUUGGGCGGAUUGUCCAAGCUGUUGUAGGAAUGAGGCACCGUGCCUCCGCUAGGGCUCAUCGGAUCGUCCGGGUCGUACUGAGACAAGCGGAUGCCUCUACCAUUUUUA